GGAGGGGGGCAGAGAGGAAAAGAGAGCGAGAGAAAAGAGGGAGAGAGGAAUUCAGUCCUGUUUAAAUGGAAAUCUAGAGUGCAGAGAGGAAAAGAGACGCAGACUGAGAAACCAAGAGAGCAGGCAAAAAAAAGUGGAGACUUUUGUUUUACGCACAGGAAAAACAGGGAAACGAGUAGAAGAAAGGAAAAGAGGAGAGAGGAAAGGAGGCAUAGGAUUUUUUCCUCUAAAUUUGGCUUCUUUCACUCUCAUGACUCAAAGAGGAUUCCAGUUAAAUUCACCUGGUCGGGAGGAAUUGAUGGUGUCUUUUCGGGGAAGCAGAGCCGAGGGGAGGAAUCUGAAUGCGCUCGGCUGAACCAUGCCAGCCCUGUGGAUCAUAACUUUGGCGAUCACUUUGAACCAAGUGUGGUGCAUUCGCUUCUCCCAGGAGCCUGCGGACCAGUCGGUGGUACUGGGAGAACGGGUGGUGUUGUCCUGUGUGGUCUUCAACUACAGCGGCAUCGUCCAGUGGACCAAGGAUGGCCUGGCCCUCGGCAUCGGAGAGGGUCUCCGAGCCUGGCCCAGGUAUCGUGUGCUUCGGGCUCUGGACAUCGGCCAAUACAACCUGGAGAUCUCCAAUUCUGAGCUGUCCGAUGACUCUCUGUACGAGUGUCAGGCCACAGAGGCUGCCCUGCGCUCCAGGAGGGCCAAACUCAACGUACUCAUUCCCCCUGAGGACCCGGUGGUUGAUGGAUCCCCGGAGCUCCUGCUGAUGGCUGGGACUCCGUACAACCUGACCUGUGUGACCCGCGGAGCCAAGCCUGCAGCACACAUCCAGUGGACCAAGGAUGGAGUCGCUGUGGAGGGAGCCUACCAGUCCACGGAAGUGCUACCAGACAGAAAGAGAGUGACGACCAGGAGCUACCUGCCCAUCACACCAGCUGACACUGACAGCGGUUGCAACUUCACCUGUGUGGCCAGCAACCCGGCGGUGCCGAUGGGAAAACGAGCCACUGUUACCCUCAAUGUCCACCACCCUCCUACGGUGACCCUGUCCAUCGAGCCUCGCUCUGUUCUGGAGGGCGAGAGAGUCACCUUCACCUGCCAGGCCUCUGCCAACCCUCCCAUCAUGGGCUACAGGUGGGCAAAAGGUGGCGUGUUGCUGGAAGGGGCCAGAGAAAGUGUGUUUGUCACCACAGCAGAUCACUCCUUCUUCACAGAGCCCGUGUCCUGUCAAGUUUUCAACACUGUGGGAAACACCAACGUCAGCAUCCUGGUGGAUGUGCACUUUGGCCCAAUACUGGUAGUGGAGCCCAGGCCAGUUACGGUAGAUGUGGACUCUGAUGUUACUUUGAACUGCAAGUGGUCUGGUAACCCCCCUCUCACCCUCACCUGGACCAAGAAGGGCUCCAACAUGGUGCUCAGCAACAACAACCAGCUGUAUUUGAAGUCAGUGAGCCAGGCUGAUGCAGGCCAGUAUGUCUGCAAGGCCAUUGUGCCCCGGAUUGGAGUGGGAGAGACUGAGGUUACACUCACUGUCAAUGGCCCCCCCAUCAUCUCCAGUGAUCCAGUCCAGUACGCUGUCAGAGGGGAGAGAGGAGAGAUCAAGUGUUACAUCGCGAGUACUCCCCCACCUGAUAAGAUUGUUUGGGCGUGGAAAGAGAACGUGUGGGAGAAGGAGAAGGGCACCCUGAUGGAGAGGUACACUGUGGAGCAGAGUAAACCUCCAUCCCAGGGCGGGGCCGUCCUCUCCACCCUCACCAUCAACAACGUUAUGGAGUCUGACUUCCACUCGCCCUACAACUGCACCGCCUGGAACUCCUUCGGACCCGGCACCAUGAUCAUUACCCUGGAGGAGACAGUAUUUGUUUCAGAUAUUGUUCCAGUGGGAAUUAUCGCCGGUGGUACGGUGGGCUCCUCCAUUCUGCUACUUAUGUUUCUACUGGCACUCGCCUUCUUCCUCUACCGCCAACGCAAAGGCAGUCGCCGGGGUGUCACCCUCGGUAAACCAGACAUCAAGGUAGAGACGGUCAACAAAGAAACCCACAGCCUGGAGGAGGAGACGGCCGACGUCUCCACGGCAACCCGAAUGGUCAAGGCCAUGUACUCCUUUCUGCCCUCUGUUUCCCUCUCUCCCUCCACUCAGCCGUUCAAAGACGACAUGGACCUGAAGCAGGACAUCAGGAGCGAGAGCGAUACUAGGGAGGAGUACGAGCUCAAGGAUCCAACCAAUGGCUACUACAAUGUCCGAGCCACCACCCAUGAUGAGGCGCGCCCCCAGUCCCGUGCCAUUCACUACCAAGGAGAGUUUCGCUCCCCGAACCCAAACAGUGGACCAGCCGGUGCCACUUCCAGCGGACCCUCAGCUACCGCCAGUGGUGCUGUUCCCCCCAGCGCAGUGCCAGGCUCAAGGGCAGGCUGCUACGACCCCCGCCCACCUUCCAGGAUGUCCCAUGCCACCUACGCCCAGUUCAACACCUUCUCCAGGGCGCCGCAGAGCCAGCAAGCACCUCCCAAUCCAGCUCUUCAAUCACCUGGAGAUUACCCCGGAGACUGCGGCCUGUUGGAGAGCACAACCCAGCUGGCCUAUGACAACUACGGAUACCCCUCCCAGUAUCCCAGCUACCGCAUGGGCUUUGCUCCGCCCAUAGAAGAAGGGCCAGCCUAUGAGAUGUAUCCAACAAGCCAAGGGACUGGGCCGGGGCCAGGGCCAGGGCCGGGCCCGGGGCCGGGACAACAAAGUCCUGAAACAGGGUUGGGGCAGUAUGGGAGCUCCACUCGCUUCUCAUACUCGUCUCCACCCUCUGACUAUUCCCAAAGACACACACAGCGGAUGCAGACUCAUGUUUGAGAAACACACAUACACAUUCAGUGCAUUUGACUUGCUUUUUGCAGCAGCAGUACUUAUUACAUAUAAAACAAAAAUAUACAUACAUAUUAAAAAAAUACAUAAACAAAUCCGUUUUCUGUUUCCAUAGCAUCCAGUGCAUGGAAUUUGGUUCAUUUACUGAACCAAUAAAACACCCCUACAACGCACAGCAGUUAGCAGCAUCGCAUAUAAUACAGUUAGCAGCAAUACAUACAACACAUGCAAAGUGACAUUCACACACAUUUGCGCAGACCUUCUGUUGUGUGCAGUGUUUAUGCUCCAACAAAAGCAACAGCGAGAGCCACAAUCAAGAGUAAAGAGACACAAAGAAGAAGAGCACCAGGAGCUUAAGGAGGAGCAGAGGAAACUUUUUCUUCCUGCAAACCUGCAAUCCUUGCUCUUGGAUCAUCACAUUUUCCUCCCAUUUCUGUAAAUAAGUGCAAAUGGAGAUUUGGGUCAUUUUAAAGUUAUUUCCUUGUACAAACCUAUACAGUGUGAUGCAGUACAGUGACCUACACCAAACCUCCCUGUAAUCCACACUUUUUGCAAAAACACACACAUACACACAGAUCUGUAAAGACUUAUUUGUUUUGAUGUAUUGCAGCAACGGGGCAGCUUGGACUAUAAAUAUAUUUGGCACUUUUUGAUCCCUUUUCCUCACUAAAACCUGCCCAGUGGCCAUUGCUUACAAGAUCUACCUUGAUUUAAGUGGGACAGAGCUUCUUAAAGAGGUAGAGAGAGAGAGUUUGAGUGCCAAUGCUUAUGUGCCAACACACACAAACUAUUAUGGUGUGUUUUAUUUUGUAAAGAUUUGACAAUGAGAUGCUCUGGACAAAGAGGUUUUGUACGUGUCACAUCUGAGAGGAAAGGAAAGGAGUGGUAGCAAGCAUCUCUAUAUGCUCAUUCUCCUCUUCAUCUUUCAUUUUUUAUCAUCAUGGACAUUUCACCCGAGGUCAAUGCUGUGUACAGUAUUUGUGAAACGAGGUGCAGCGGGAGCGCUUUUUCAUUCAAUGAAUUUCUGCAAUUUGUACAAAAAGAUACCUCCCCAACCCUCAAGUGUCAAAAAGUAUUUGUUUCUCUCACUUGCACAGUAGAAUAGAUUUUUUUCCAUAUUUAUACCGAAACGUAUAAAAAAAACAGCAUUCAGAAACAUUUUAUAAUAUUUUUAUAAGGAGUUGUGGACCAAAGGUUCAGCAUUUUGGGUGAAACUCACUUUUUAAUGUGUAUGUGGCAACGUGAUCGCUAAUGGAAACGUUUUGAGUUUCUUUAAAAAGCGAUGGAUGGUGUUUUUAAAGUGGAUGUUGUAGAUUUAAAUUAGAAAAGUUAAAGAGCUUCUUUCCAAAAUGAUAAAUAUCCAUCAAGGGGAAAUCUGUUUGGUGGAUAUCUCUGUUUGGUGUGAAACUCUUUCUUUGACUUCCAGUCUUCUGACUGGACUGCCUUUUUCAAACGUCGACGACAUUCAAAAUGAUGGAUGGAGAACAAGCAGCUGCUCACUUUGAGCUGUGCUGUGAACUUUGUAAGCAAUGAGAAGGUUCAAGUGUAGUCUAACAUAUCAAAAUGAAGGUACAGAGGGUUCUAUCUAGCUCAUAUGGUACUUUGUACAUUUAUAUGUAAGUAUGUUGGUUUGCUCACUGCAACAGAAAAUUUGGUGGUAUUUUAUGUUGGAGAUUUUCCCAUUAUAUUGUGUCAGCUUUGGUACGUGAUUGGCUUUUGACCGCACAGGUUCAUAAUGAUCAGCGCUUAAAAUGUUGCUACUUUACUCUAACCUCUACUGAUGCAGCUACUGUACAAGUCCCAUACUACAAGUCUCCACCAUCCCACUACCAAAAUUUUGAGUUAUUAUAAGUAAGAAGUUGUUUCAUUUCCAAAAUUGUUUUAGAGCUUACUGACAACACCAACUGUGGAUGAACCAUUGACCCAAUAUCGGUUUUAAGACAUUUAGUUCACAGAGAAUUGAAAGCUUUGAAUGACUGUAUUUGACUGCUCAUUUUUUUAUUCUCCAUAUAGUAGUAUGUUACGAACUCACAUCUCUAGGGAAACAAACACAAACAUCCGAUUGGCUGUUGAUAAGCAGUGACCACAAGAAAUUCCAUUUUGGCCAACUUAUGUAAGAUAUUUCUCCAGAUGUUUACCUCUACAGGAAACAAUUUGACUUCCAGCCAUAGGGUUGCUCGUAGUGUGAACACUGUACUGAAAACACUUGUUUAAAGCAGCUACUCGUGCUUAAGUAAGAUCAGUGAAAAACAGCUGGCAUUGUCUGCCAUAAAGUUCCCACCCGUUGUAGAAUUGGUUCAUGUUUGCACACUGAGCUUUGUUAGUGAGAUUGGAUUGGAUUGCACUGUUUAUCGUACCACAACUUCACCUUUUACGGUGACAAGCACGUGUUGAUUAGACUCCACAGCAGCAGCAUCAAUCUUUACUAUGUAGGCCUACUGUGCUUGAAAUUAUAAGGUUCCAUCGCUAAUGCUAAUGCUAAUGCUAAUGUUAACGCUAACCUUUUUCUUUUUUUAGGGGACAUUAAAUAAUACAUUAACAUGUUUUGGCAACCACCAGGAGUUGCUUUCAACAUUUUAUUUAUUUUUACCUUUUCUUAAGUGCACAUAUGCUUCAUUGGAUAGUCAAAGUAAAGAGGGACUUUAUGCAACAAGGAGUCCCCCACUUUUACCAUACAUUUUUGAUUAGUGAAAAAUGAUAGCAGAUGAGGAGGUGCUUUACAAACGACCAGAGGCUGCAAAGUGAAGCCAGAAAUCUCAGCACCUCUAGAGGUAAUCAUUGAGUAUUUAGACUUAUCAGCCACCCUAUCAACCCCUCACCGAUACAGUAUAUUAUGGUAAUUUUGUGCUAAGGGGCAUUAAAAAUUGUGUUUAUUGCCCCUAUUUUGAAUAAAAACUGUCAGAAAGGAAACCACAGCCACGUCAUUUGUGAUUAGAAUAUCAGAUGGAACCUUGUAGCUCCAAGGUCACUAUAUAAACCAUUUCAGUAGUUAUAGAGAGAAGAACAGCAGAUGGAGUACCCUUUUAAAUUUAUAUGGUUAUCACAGCCUUGGUACUGCAUACUGUUACCUCUUUACAACCUUUUUACAGAGUUGUAGCUGUGCAGUAUUUUGCAUCUGACUUGAAAUGUCGUUAUAACCUUGUGUAGAAUGAGUAAAUUUUACACCGAGGAGGUACUGAAGCCAACAAAUACACAGCCAGGCCAUCCAGGUACUUAGUCAUUACCUCUUAACUAUUUACAGUCUGUUGACAGUGGAGACAUAGAAAUAUGUAAAAGACAUCAUAGAUGCCAAAAAUCCAAAACAGAUGUUUAGAUUUGGUUCAGCAAUGAAAUAAAUAUGUGGUUUGGAAGGGAAUCUGGAGGUGUUUACUCCACUAGGUUAUUUCAUGUAUUUUCCCAUUUUUUCCAUACGUACCUCUCACCGCGGUGUACUGAUACGCUUUACUCUCUACUCUGUCCCCUGUGUCAUAUUAAUAGCCAUCUACCAGCAUCCAAAUUUAGAGGUUGAACCUGUCUUUUCAUGAAAAAAAACUCCUCACAACAUAGGAAACCUUUCUCUCAUAGCUUUCUUCCAAGUUUUCUUCAAGAUGAUAACAUACGAGUAGGUAUAGCAAUCUAGCUUGCAUUAAUGUGUGUAUGUUGGGGGGUUGGGAGUCUGUUUUAGAGAAUAUAUAGCUUCAUGAGCUCAUAACAUCAUCCUCAGUUUUCAUUUAUUCCUCAUUUCCUUCUUUGAAAAUCAGUAUUUUAAGUCUUAUUUUCUUGGUAUUACUUUGUGGUGUUACAUCACCAGUGGAAGAAAUGACUGUGGUCAAAAGUGUGUUUAAACUUUCAUAUACAGUAUUUUAUUUUAUUUUGUAUGCAUCGGAUAGGGGGUCUCUGAUUAAUCAACCCAGCAAAAAAGAAGAGAGGAUGUGUGUGUCUGUGGCCAAAACGACUGCUCAGCCAGGCCGCAAAUAGCCAAAACUCUGUCUCAACUAGGCCAACCCAGGCUAGAACCAGGCCAGACCCACAGCUAACUGCUCUGUUCCAUGCUGUGCUGUGCUGCGCCAUCCCUGGCCAAGACUGACUCAAGUGGCUGGGUGUCCAUUUUUACCUUGUGGAGUCUUCAGUGAGUGCCAAAAGACUGUGCAAAAAAAUUAACUGAGCAGACAAACAAAUGCAGCAGCCAUUUGUGGUUAUUGUGUUUAUGUGUAUGUACGCUCAUGGGUGACAGUGUAUGUGUGCGCUAUCCGUUUGUGUUUCCAUACAUGCACAUGUACUGUAUGCAUCCAUCUGUGAACAUGCAUGUGUGUGUGUUGGCAGCCUGUAACACCAGUGCGUUUUCAUAUCAUUAUACUGUAAAUGUGUUGGGACCACUGAACUGUAGAAAUUAGGGUUUGACUGAUUGUUUUGGGCAAAUAUCAGAUAGAUCAACCGGUGAUGUUGUCAUCUGCUGGUAUGAUGGAGGUUCCUCCUGACCACAGCUACAUAUGAAUAGUCUUUAAAACCUACAAUGAAACUUGAUUUCCUUUACAGAUUGUAUUUAUUGAUUUAAUAGUUCAACAAUAUUUUUUGUGUUGUUCAAGUUAUAAUCCUUAAAGGAGCAGUAUAAGAUUUAGUGGCAUCUAGUGGUGAAAUUGCAGUUUGCAACCAUUUGAAUAUCUUUCGCAUCACCUUCCCCUUCCAAGUGUGUAGGAGAAACUACGGUGGCCGCGAAAAACGCCCUAGAGCCAGUGAUUGGUUUGUUCGUUCUGGGCUACUCUAGAAACAUGGCAGUGCAACAUGGUGACCUCCGUGGAGGGGGACCCACUCCCUAUAUAGAUAAAAAACGAGUGUACUUUUAGCUGGUCAGAAACACAAGUUGCUCUUCUUCUGUUGCUUUUCUGUAUAGCCUCUAAAGGCCUCUUUGCUGCCCCUAGUGGUAGAUAAACAUGUUAUUUUGAAGAUGCCACUGGGACCUGUAUUAUCAAAAUGCACUUGCGGUUACCAACAGUGACCACAAAUCAAUCAGGACUAAAAUCUGAAGUAUAAUAACUUUAAACUGCUUUAAUUUGCUGAAAACCUUAACAGAAUUUCUUUUAUUUUAUUGUCAACUGAUGCUUUAUAGGCAUUUCCACCCUGUCAGGAAGAUUCAGUUGGAAACGCUGCAUAUUUGUUUUUGGAAUAAAAAUUGUACAUUUUAAAGGUGUUAAAUAUGGUCAUAAAAGAAUCAUAAUCCCUAUCAGUCAAACCCUAGAAUAAAGCAGGACAGCUGGUAAAACAGAAUGAAGGAGACAUUGCGUGGCCUUAGGACACGAGAAGGGACCGAGCUAGUCUGCUCAUCCCUCAUCCAGCUGCUGAGCCUGUCUGCUCUCUGAAACAGCUGCACGAGUGAACAGGAUCAAUUGAUGUUCAGCUUGGUAUCGUCAAGCAUAUGAAGACAAUGAUCAGUACAGUGAGAAGGAUCCCAUAUUGCACUUGAAAAUGUUUGAAGUGGAGGUGUGCAUGCGGGUGAGAGAGCGACAGUGUGGGUGUUCAAAUAAGCAUAUAUUCUCCAUACUCCAAUUCUUUAUUUUUAUCCCUAUAUAUUAUUCACGUGUGUCAAGUUCAUGUUGGCUUUGAGUAUUUGUUUAUCCCUUUUAUUAAAGAAAAAAAACUGUACAAAACAUACAAGAUAUUAUUAAAAUGUUCCUUUAUUUUCAUGUUUCUCUGUUUGAUUUCUGUUUUUUUUUUCAAAUCAUAUGUAAUUAUUUUUCCACAGUAUUACAGGAAAUAAAAGAAGACACGGCUUUCAUAAUAA